CUGUUUUCUUCGUUCUGAAAAGCGUUUGGGUGAUGAAGAAAAAUUUACGCAUGCGCAUUCAUUAAAAUGCUACUUUCACUUUCAACUGAAAAUGACGACCAAAGAAUCGACUGCUCAUGAAAUAUUUGUGGAAGAUGGGAAGAAUAAGACAAAACUGUAUUGUGAAAGAUGUAGUUCUACUGUUUUGUUACCAAAGAAGGCUGUGUAUUGUGAAGUAGAGUUUUUCAUGCCUCAUAUGAAGAAAAAGGCUGAUGGAACUUCGGAAACGGGCGAAACAUUGAAGAAAUAUUGGAAAGUGGAUGACAUGUUUGAAUUUGAAAAUCUAGGAUUUACAAACACAGUUGAAACAAUAAAAUACCUCAUCUGUGCAGACUGUGAAAUUGGACCUAUUGGGUGGCAUGACAUUAACAAUAAAAAAGCAUUUUACAUUGCUCUGGAUCGGGUGAAGCAUGCAGAAUAAGUUAAACUUUGUUCAGGAAGAUGUUCAUCAGCGUGGGACCAAGUCAUGAAAAUAUCCAUUUAACAAAAACAAUUUUCUUCUUAUUGUUUUGUAUUCAUUUGAAAUAUUAUAUAAGGCUCUUCUAAACAAACUUAUAUGUAAUUAACACACUCACUGCAAGGUGUAAACUUUAAACACCAAAGAAAGAACAAAGUCAAAUAAUUUUUCUCUUUUUAUUACAGUACUAAGACAUUGAAAUGAAUACAACACAUGUGAUGUUUGUAAAAAAAAAAAAAAAAGAUAAAAAAUUUCAUAACAAAUAAAUAACAUAAAUUAUUACAUGGUGUUAAAAAAGAGAUUUCAAAAUAAUGUUAAAGGAUAUUUAUCACAGCAGAUGAUGGAUGAAAAAUUGCACUUCAAAUCUGAUGUAAAAUAUAACAUUGUACAGCUUAAUUUAUGUCACAGCUACUCAUAACAACAUUGAUUAAAAAAAUAAAAAAUUACA